AUGAGUCGCGGGUGCGCGGUGGCGGCGGCGGCGUCAGCGGGGUCGGGGUCGGUGGGGUCGGUGUCAGCGGGGUCGGGCCCGGGUCGCUGAAGGCUCCGGAGAGGAAAGCGCCAUGUCUGCUGCUGGUGAGGCUCCAGGUCUGACUGUACAUUCCCAUCCAGCCACAGCUGAAAUGCAUGCACGGGAUUCUGAGUCCGACUCUGAGGAACCUGAAAUGGCAGAGGCACAGGCUAGAGGUUCUGCAGCUGAAAUUCCUGUCACCAGCAAUGGAGAAGAUAUGAAGCACAUGAUGACUGGUGGUCCUACCCUAAAAGAAACCAGAAUUGUUUCUAGCAGCUAUGGUAAUCCAUCUGAGGGAAUCAUUGAAGCUGAAACAUAUAGAGGGUCCUCUUUCUUUCCAAAGAGUCCAGUGUUGUUUCCCAGCAAUGCAGCUGCUAGCAGAUUGGCUGAACAUGCACAGGAUGUUUCUGGUCCCGCAGGCGGCUUGAAAAACGCUCAGAGUGGUCCUGUUGUCAUCACCGACGAGAUAUCUAAAAAUAUUGCUUUAGAAAAGCUUGAACAGAUGAAAAAAUGGAGUAUAAGCACAUACAAGUGCACAAGACAAGUUCUAUCUGAAAAGCUGGGACGUGGCUCAAAGACAGUGGAUCUAGAACUCGAGUCACAGAUAGAAAUAUUGAGAGAGACAAAGAGAAAGUAUGAAAACCUCCUGCGACUGGCUCGCCAGAUGGCAUCACAAUUUUACCAGGUCGUCCAGACACAGCGACAACUUGGAGAUGCUUUUGGAGAACUUAGUGUGAAAUCGCCAGAACUCCAUGAAGAGUUUGGAUACAAUGCUGAAACUCAGAAAUUGCUGUGUAAAAAUGGGGAGACGUUACUUGGAGCAAUUAAUUUUUUCAUUGCCAGUGUGAAUACAUUGGUGAACAAGACCAUUGAAGAUACGUUAAUUGCAGUAAAGCAAUAUGAAAAUGCCAGGAUAGAAUAUGAUGCGUAUCGAACUGAUUUGGAAGAAUUGAACCUUGGCCCUCGUGAUGCAGUUACAAUUCCAAAAAUUGAACAGUCCCAGCAACAAUUUCAGAUUCACAAAGAAAAGUUUGACAAACUUAGAACAAGUGUGUCAAUCAAACUGAAAUUUCUGGAUGAAAACAAGAUUAAAGUCAUGCACAACCAGCUCCUUCUCUUCCACAAUGCCGUGUCCGCCUACUUUGCUGGCAACCAGCAUCAACUUGAACAGGUGCUCAAACAAUUCCACAUCAAGUUGAAGGCUCCUGGCUCUGAUGGACCUUCCUGGCUGGAGGAACAGUAACGUCUCGAAACUCAAAAGAAAUAAUCGAUGCAGUUAUUAAAUAUGUUUGAAUUAUUUUUUUUUUCAUUUAACGGGGAGUGAGGCAGCACCUGAGAUUGUGGUCAAUGAUAUAGCUGUUUCUCACUUUUUUGCUAUACAUUAAUCUAAAAUAUUAGAUUGAAUAUGGUAAUUUUAUGUAACUGAAUAAACUUUAUAAAACCAAGACCUAAGAAAAAAAUAUUCCUUUUUGUUACAGGGGUUAGAGGGGAAUAGCUAGUCUAUACCUACAUGCAGAUUUGCACUGAACAGUAGCUGUACAUCUGUUUUGGUGCGUUCUCAUCACUACAAUGUAAUUGUUUAAGAAAAAGAUUGGCAUUUUAUAUACAUUCUUUCACAAACAGGGCACCCGAGCUCACAUAGCAAUGAAUUGCAAAAUGGAAUGACUUUGCAGAGCAAUGAGAUAAAUGGUACUGGAAUGAAGCUAGGCUCUGAAUGAAAUGGCUGGCUUGUAUUCCAACUUGCAACCAGUAGCGUAUUUCCAAUGGGCUGUAUAUUCAAUUGUUAAUUGUGUUAAAUGAGAAUCAGGGAGGGAGUAAAAUAACUUUAUUACAAAGGCAUCAAAUAGUGACGUAUUAGUAUUUGGAAACGUUUUCAGAAAUAUUAUCUUGUUCCCAUUAACCUGUUUUUUGUUUUUUUUUAAAACUGAUGUCAUUGUUAUUUUCAAAAGGGCGUAACUCUAAUUAAGCCACGGACCGGCCGGCCUUAUGUCCACUAUCGUGUGCCUUGAACAACACGUUUUCCCAUUUCGUGAAACACUUUUCUGUUCAUUAUAUCUUGCACUUCCAACGGAAUUGGGGAGGGGACUGGAAGGGAUAGAGAGGGGGAAAAAAAAGCAUCAUUAUUGCUCCCUUGAUUUUCCUCCAAUUGCAUUUGAUUUUAGUCUUUAUUUGCUCGUGCUCAAUUUCUUGCUAAUAGAUAAUGUUAACUCACUUUCAUACUAUGUAAAGUCUUUGAAAUUGAUGUUCCGACAUGUAAUAUUUGCAUUGCCACUCUGUUUAAGCUUUGUAGCAAUGUCCUCUAUAUUCUGUAUGCUGAAUAUUUAACAUUAAAUUAACCUCAUUUUAAUGUAGAACAUAAUGGCAUUAUUUAAUAUUUUUGUCAAUCAUCAUUUUUCUGUUGAAAUUUAUAUCCAGAUUGUGCCUCGUUAUUAUAAAUACUCUUAUGUACAAAUUAAACGGUUCCUACUGCAAGCCAGAUUUCUGAAUGCUCUACUUAAAAAAUUCUAAAAUCUGAUAAUGUGGGAUAGAAUCUGUAUCUUUUUCAUAUUGCUGCAUAUUCAUGUCUUUCCAAAAUGUCCCCUGUAAUAAAGGGCUCAAAGUU